UGGCCUGCCGCUAACAAGAUUCGCCGUGAUCAUCCCAUUUCCAAGAUCGAUAUUUUCACUGGCUGGAUCGUUGACGGGAUCACCGUCACGUACGACCUCGCUGAUGGUACGCAGAAGGCUGUCCAGCACGGUAGCAAGACUGUCACGGCCACCGUUACCCUCAAUGCUCACUAUCUUCUCUUCGCAGACACCGAGGUCAUUGCUGACGUCUCCGGCAUGGCGGGCUACCAUAACUACUACAAGAAAGCGCUCGUCUGCACCAUCUCUUUCAAUAUCCUCGACACUAAGACGGGUAUCAUGCGCGUCGCCGGACCCUACGGGAACAGUGAUAAGGCGAACGCUGGCCAGCCCUACCACUUCUCCGGUCCCUUCGUGUUUGCAGGUUUCGCGGAUAACGCCGCUGAGCAUGGUAUGUCACCGAAUUUUCUUCGCCACUCUCGCGAAUACUCCUAA